UACGGGCAGCUCAGCUGGGUGGAAUUUGGAACCAUUUUCUUGCAGUCUUGCUCGUUCACUCUCCACCCCACAGGCCUAUAGGAUUUUUCUGUAAUUGCGGGAAGAAAAACCCUGAUCGGUCGACUGCUUUCUAGAGAGAGAGAGAGAGAGAUGGAGAUCAAACCAGUAGAGAUCAGCAGCUCAAAGAUGUUUGGUGGGUACAACAAGAGAUACAAGCAUUACAGCCCAACCCUUGGCUGCUCCAUGACAUUCCACAUUUACUUCCCUCCUCCUCCUCCUUCUUCUUCUCACAAAUUCGCCGUACUCUAUUGGCUCUCUGGCCUUACUUGCACGGAUGAGAAUUUCAUAGCUAAAUCUGGUGCCCAGCGUGUUGCUUCGAGUGAAGGUAUCGCUCUGAUUGCACCAGAUACAUCUCCAAGAGGUCUGAAUGUGGAAGGUGAGGCAGACAGCUGGGAUUUUGGUGUAGGUGCUGGGUUUUAUCUCAAUGCCACCCAAGAUAAGUGGAAGAACUGGCAGAUGUAUGACUAUGUUGUCAAGGAAUUGCCACAACUGCUGAGUGAAAACUUUCCACAGCUUGAUACAACACGAGCAUCUAUAUUUGGUCAUUCUAUGGGUGGACAUGGUGCUCUAACAAUCUAUUUGAAAAAUCUGGACAAGUAUAAGUCAGUGUCGGCCUUUUCACCGGUUGUGAAUCCUCUUAACUGCCCUUGGGGUCAGAAGGCUUUCACAAACUAUUUGGGUGCAAAUAAAGCUGAUUGGGAGGUUUAUGAUGCCACUUGCCUGAUGGCCCUGAUAUCAAAGUUCAAUGAUGUCCGUGCUACCAUUCUAAUCGAUCAAGGAGAGGAUGACAAAUUCUUGCAUGAUCAAUUGAUGCCCCACAAGUUUGAGGAGGCAUGCAAGAAGGCUAAGGUUCCUCUUCUGUUGCGGCUUCAGCCUGGUUAUGAUCACUCUUACUAUUUCAUUGCCACCUUCAUCGAAGACCAUAUUCUCCACCAUGCUCAAGCCCUUAAACUGUAGUUCCUUUAACCUCGUGUGUUUUCUUGAGUGUUUCAACCACUAUUUAGCGUAUCCGUGACUUUCUAUCAAAGCUUCUUCUAUCUAUUUAGGAUACAAAAACAAGAAGCAGCUUUAUAUAUUACAGUGCUGCUUGCGUUAUUAACGUAAAACUCCGAUAUGUUUGCUGCACUUGGAAGACUGAUUGAAAAUAAUUCCCCUUAGUUUUCGCGUA